CUUUGCAGCGACGCUGGCAAGUCUGAGAAUGAGGUCACGCAGCACCAGCGUGAAUGUCAGACGCAAGAUGCCACAUGUGUCGGAUAAAAAUAGAAAGUGCAUGGAGAUGAUAGGAUCAAGGCUUUGGGAAGAUCAGCAGCACUGAAUGCUUGUGAUCCUCCUGGGCAGGCAAAGAGCAUGGCAGCAGCAGGCACGACGCCUCCUGCCCCACGGCUGCAGCGGCUGAGGAGCUCUUCCCUGAGCCAUGAGAGCCUAUGGGGCUCCCCAGAGGCCUGGUCCACCAAGGAAGAGGCCAGAGCGCGGGUCCUGGUGCUCAACACUGGGGGCACCAUUGGCAUGGGGGGCAGCGAGUGCGAUGGAGGGCUUGCUCCUCAGGCCCAUAAACUGGUGGAGGCCUUGAAAAAAAUGCCUAUGUUACACGAUGAAGAAUAUGCCAAGGCCACCAAAUUUUAUGAAUCCUGUCCGUUUGCAGAAAACACUUUGAUGCUUCCCCUCUCUAAAAGAAAGAAAAGAGUGAUUUACAGAAUCCUAGAGUAUUCACCACUCCUUGAUUCUUGUAACCUGACAACAGAUGACUGGGCUAAGAUUGCCAAAGAUCUCGAGACCUACUAUGAACAAUAUGAUGGCUUUGUGAUCCUUCACGGAACAGACACAAUGGCUUAUACGGCUGCUGCCCUGUCCUUCAUGUGCGAGAACCUUGGUAAACCCAUUGUUUUAACAGGAGCUCAGGUGCCUAUCUAUGAAUUGAGGAAUGAUGGGCGUUCUAAUCUCCUGGGAGCAUUGCUGAUUGCGGGACAAUUUGUCAUUCCGGAGGUGUGCCUCUAUUUUCACCAUAAACUCUACCGGGGAAACAGGGUGACCAAAGUGGACACAGGAAGUUUUGACGCUUUCUGUUCUCCUAAUCUGCCUCCUCUGGCAAAUGCUGAGGUGGAUAUGAGAAUUGACUGGGGAAUUGUAUGGCGAGCCACUUCCACCAAGAAGUUCAAGGUCCACACCGAAAUGAACAGGAAUGUGGGAUUGCUGAGGAUCUUCCCAGGAAUUACUGCAACUACAGUGAGGGCUUUUCUCCAGCAUCCAAUGGAAGGGAUAGUAUUAGAAACGUAUGGCUGUGGCAAUGCCCCAAAUAACCGUCCUGAUUUGUUGGAAGAGUUGAGGCAAGCGACGGAGAGGAACGUGGUGAUCCUAAACUGCACGCAGUGUUUGCGAGGUUCUGUGGCUCCAACUUAUGCAACCGGACAGGACCUUACUCAUGUUGGAGUGAUUUCAGGAGGGGAUAUGACUCCCGAAGCAUCUUUGGCAAAGCUGUCGUAUGUGUUGGGGAAAAAGGAGCUUUCUUGGAAAGAAAAGAAGCAGAUGCUGUGCGACAAUCUCAGAGGUGAAAUGUCUUCUGUGUUCAUAGGAACCCAGUACUCCUUAAGUAACAGCAUCUUUAUCAAAGUGAUGGCCAAAUUUAUAAGUCUUAACUGCAAAGAGGAACUUGGAGUGUUGAUCCCAUCUUUGGCUUGUGCUGCUGCUAAAACUGGUGACAUGGAUGCACUGAAAGCCAUCGAAGAAGCGGGGGGAAAUCUGAGCUGUGAAGAUUAUGACGGGCGCACCCCACUUCAUGUGGCAUCAAGCGAAGGACAUGUUCACUUAACUGAGUACCUCUUGAAAAGCGGGGCAAGCGUCCAUGCCAAAGACAGAUAUGGUGCCACCCCUUUGAUGAAUACUAUUGAAUUCAGGCACCUUGAAAUCAUACAGCUGCUUCGUGAAACAGGAGCUCACCUUUCCAAUGAAGAGCUGGAAUAUGUUGGGACCAAACUCUGCCUUCUCGCUGCUAAAGGAGAUGUGGAUGGAUUGAUGGCUUGGCAUCUUGCAGGUGUAGAUAUGGAAUGCAUGGAUUAUGCUGGCAGAACACCUUUCCAAGUAGCAACUAUGACAAACAACAAUCAAAUUUUGGACUUCCUGACUCAGCUGAAAUCAAACUGAGAAUCUUCAAAAUGACUGUUCUGAAGAAAUUUCUAAUAAAAAGACGAUUGAAUGUGUGAUCUGUAUAUUGGAUUUCUAUACUAGGAAAAAAAAACUUGGAGGAACUGUCCUAGACAGACUGAUAGUCUGUUUCCCAGAAAAAAGCAGUGACAUUUAUAAGAAUCUAAAAGAAUUCGUUUCUUUUUGUAUUUUUGUUAUAACAUUUCUGUCUUGUCAUGUAUCGCAGAUUCCUGGGGCAAUGUAUAAAUCAAAUCAAGUUUUAAAAUGUAGGACAAAUUAAUUUUAAAACAAUAAGAAAUAUUUUUUGCCAUCUAAGAAUACAUUUUGAGGAAUUUAGCAGUUGAAUGAAUUAACAUAAUUUAAAACUUGUACAAAUGUGGGCAAAAUUAUAGUUCUCAAAGAUAUACAGUAGAGUCUCACUUAUCCAAGCUAAACAGGCUGACAGAAGCUUGGAUAAGCGAAUAUGUUGGAUAAUAAGGAGGGCUUAUUAUUAUAGGAAAAGCCUAUUAAACAUCAAAUUAGGUUAUGAUUUUACAAAUUAAGCACCAAAACAUCAUGUUAUACAACACAUUUGACAGAAAAAGUAGUUCAAUACGCAGUAAUGUUAUGUUGUAAUUACUGUAUUUACAAAUUUAGCACCAAAAUAUCACGAUAUAUUGAAAACAUUGACUACAAAAAUGGCUUGGAUAAUCCAGAGGCUUGGAUAAGCGAGGCUUGGAUAAGUGAGACUCUACUGUAAUAACAAGUCAUAUCUUAGCCUGACACCUGAAAGAUGAAGUGAAGGAAACAUAACUGAGCAAUGAAAUGUGAUUAUCCGUAAUAUUGUCACUGAAUCAUGGUAUUUUUAUUCACUUGCAGAUUGAAAAACAUAAUUGCAGGGCCUCUUGCAGCUAUAACCACAAAAAGUCCUUAUUUUACUUUUAGAAAUGAGAAAGGAGAAAUGGCUUUUAAAAUUAUAAAGACAAUAGUAGCUUUUAUUUAUUUAACUUGUCAGAAGCAAAUUCACGAUACAGUAAUAAUGUAUUUAAAAAUACAGGCUUUUAGCCUGCCACGUUUGGACUCUCACUUGCUGAGGUGUUCCUGCGAGUAUCUCUGUAGAUCUCAGGAAGCUGUGUCUUGAUUUAAGGUGUUGGCAUGCUGGGUGAUAUCCAAACAGGGGAUAGGACAGAGAUGUCAAUGCCUUGAUCCUUUCACUGCAGGCUGCUACUUUCCGACGGAUGUCAGAUGUUGCAAUAUUGGCUAAACAGUAUAAUUUCUCCAGUGGUGUAGGGCGUAGACAUCCUGUGAUAAUGUGGCAUGUCUCAUUAAGAGCCACAUCCACUGUUUUAACGUGGUGAGAUGUGUUCCACUCUGGCACGCGUAUUCAGCAGCAGAGUAGCAGAUGCAGAUGUCUUCACUGUAUCUGGUUGUGAUCCCCAGGUUGUGCCAGUCAGCUUUCAUAUGAUAUUAUUUCUAGCACUCACUUUUUGCUUGAAAAAGCAGGACAGGACAAGCAAUGCUUCUUGUAAGUCAGAUAGUAGCUAAUAUCACCACUAAAAUAAAUAAACUUACAGAAGAGAUAAUUAAAAAAAAUAUCAAUCGGAUUAAUAAAAGAAGGUCAUAAUUGUAUGCUCAGACUUCCAAGUAAUGAUACCUGAGAAUGCUGGACAGAAGUGUCUUUUUAAUAUUCAAAAAAUCAUGCUAAAAAUCUAAAAUCUACUUUUAAAAUACAUGCCAGUUGUGUCUCAGAAGAACCAGCUGUUCAAAAAAAGCAUGACAUCAUUUAUCAAAUGUACAGGAUUACAAAAGACCCUUAAAAGUUUUGUCCCAGUUUUUGCAAUCCUGUGGCUAUUACUAGCAGACUAAAUCAAAACAAAAGGCUCAUAAACAGAGCACACCCACUUCUCAGCAUAGCUACUGUGCCCAUAACUGGUUUGCAUAUUUUCCGCACUUGGCAGAAGCAGUGAAAAAGCAGGACAGGACAAAAAAAUUAUUCAGAGUGUUAUGCUUCCAUUUUUCCCAAUAGCAAUAAAAACAGAAACUGUAAAGGGAUCUUGUAUGGAGCAUGUUAGAGAUUGAGGACUCUAAAUCGGACAUUUAAUCUGUGGCUGAUCUGGAAUAGUAAUGCUCCAAAGAUAACUACACACUCUGUUCAUAACCUGAAGUAGCAGCAGGGUGAAGUUGAGGUGGUCCAAUAGGGCCAAUACGGGUUUGAUCUUAUAUUGCUCUACUGCUACUGGAUGCCACAGAGCUCCAUGGGAACUCCCAGCUGUCACAGGUGCCUAUGCUGAGAUCAGGAAAGGUGCCAGACAGCGAGGGAGAAGGAAGGGCUAUUGUGCAGGGAAAAAGGAAAAAUGAGAUUUUGUGGAGAGUGGACUAGUUUGCAUUGGUCCCACUUAAGCUGUCCACUCUCCGUCCAAACUGUGGUGCUGCUUCAGAGUUUUGCCCACACUCUGGAGCAGGGGUCCUCAAACUUUUUAAGUGGAGGGCCGAUUCAUGGUCCCUCAGAUUGUUGAGGGGCCGAAUUAUCAUUUGGAAAAAAAAUGAACAAAUUCCUAUGCACAUGUCUUAUUUGUAGUGCAAAAAACCCCCCCAAAAACCCAACAACAAUCAUUUACUUAUUUAUUUAUUUACUACAUUUAUACCCCACCUUCUCUCAUCCCAAAGGGGAAUCAGAGAGGCUUACAAGUUGUAUGUACAUACAAUAUAUUAUAUUAUUAGCAUAGCACAAUAUUAGCAUUAUAUAUUACUAUAUUGCACUAUACCAUUAUACUGUAAUAUUACUAGUAAUAUUGCAUUUAAUAUAUAAUAUACUAGCUUUGCCCGGCCACGUGUUGCUGUGGCUGGGACUUAUUUUUUCUUUUCUUUUUGUUGUAUGAACGUAGAGGCGUGGAUGAGAGGUUGUGCUGUCAAUUUCCAAGAUUGUGGGGCGUUUAGUUUAGUUGUGUUGUCCGAUGCCGUGAUUCCAUUACCCUUAUAUAUAUAUAGAUAAUUAAUAUUAUUAUAUUAUACAAUAUUAUUAUAUUGUAUUAUUAUUAUUAGCCGUCCUGAGUCCCCUAUUGGGUGAGAAGGGCGGGGCAGAAAUACUGUAAUUAAUAAAUAAAUAUUAUAUUAUAUUGUACUACAUUAUAAUAUUUAUUAUCAAUAUUAUAUGUAUACACAAUAUAUUAUAUUAUUACCAUAUCAUUCAUUUACAAUAUUUCAUUUACAAUAUUGGUAAAUGGAAAAACAAUACAAUAUUUAAAAAUAAAAAUAAUUUUAACUAAUAUACUGUAAACUUACCAGGAUUUAAGUGGGAAGUGUGGGCCUGCUUCUGGCCAAUGAGAUAAUCAAGUAGGAUUGUUGUUUUUGUGCCUUCAAGUCAUUUCAGACUUUGGGCGAGCCUAAGUCUAAAACUGAGGGCGGGGGGCCAGAUAAAUGGCCUUGGAGGGCCACAUCUGGGCCCCGGGCCUUAGUAAACCCAGUUUACCCCAUAAUAAGAACUGGAUGUUCUUAGAUGUGAUGAAGAGGGUCUUAAUGGUGAGUUCAGGCUAUUCAAUCCAUGUAGACCACUGCUUUUUAAACGGUGGGUCCUUACCCCAAAUGGGGUCCCCUUAGCUCAGUGUUAGGGUCCUGAAAAAUUUGGCAACAAUAAAAGUUUUCUGAACGCUUUAGACGUUUACACGAAUCUGUUGAGCAGUGUUUACAGUGGACUCUGCAGAAGAUGCUUUAGCUCUACUUCAUAAAUGGGAAAUCAGCCUGUUUAACAAACCUUGUAAAUGCUGAUUUAUCAAUAAAUGUUCCAGUAUUAUA